AUGGGGAAGGUGGAAGGAGGAAUGAAAUGCGUGAAAUAUCUUCUGUUCGUGUUCAACUUUAUCUUCUGGAUCAUGGGCUCUUUCGUGCUGGCGGUGGGACUGUGGCUACGUUUUGACCCAGAGACUGUGACGCUGCUGAACGGAGACAGGGCUCCAGACACAUUCUUUAUUGGCGUAUACAUCCUGAUUGGUGCUGGUGGUCUGGUGAUGUUAGUGGGCUUCUUCGGUUGCUGUGGAGCCGUGAGAGAAUCUCAGUGUCUGCUUGGAUCUUUUUUUGCCUGCUUGCUCAUUAUCUUCGGAGCUGAGGUGGCUGCUGGUGUCUUUGGAUUCCUCAACAAAGACAAGAUUAUAGAAGACGUUCAAAGUUAUUACACCUCAACCUACAAUGAAAGCAUCAAUGGCACUUUGAUUAACUCCUAUCUGAAAAUUCUAAACUGUUGUGGAACAAAAGCUAAUCCCUGCCCAGAUCGGGAACCAGAUACAAAGGACUGUGAGACAGGCAUUAAAGACUUCUUCAACAAUAAACUCUACAUAAUCGGAUACGUGGGCGUUGGAAUAGCUGGAGUUAUGAUAAUUGGGAUGAUCUUCAGCAUGGUCCUGUGCUGCGCUAUUCGUAACAGCAGAGACGUCAUCUGA